UAUCAAAGCUUGAUGGAUGAUGGCUCUCCAUUAACAGUAAGGUCCUUAGAAUCACUCUACUCUUCUCUUCUCCAGUCAAUUGACACAUGUUUUCAAUUCACAAAACUUUCAUGCAAUGGGGUGGAAGGAGACUUUGUGUUUAUCAAUUUCAUUUGGUUGGGAACUCAACAAAUUUUAUAUGUAUCAGAAGCUAAUGAAUGAAGCUUCUUUAUUUGUGGGCCAACCCCAAGCCCCUCUAAUUACUUUACUUUUCUUGACUUCUCCAGUCAAUAAUGGUAUGUUGUUUUAAAAUUCAAAACUUUUUAUGCAAUGGAAUCGAAGAACAGUGUGAAAACUCACCCACAUGGCGAUUACGCGGUUGAUAUUUGCCUAUAAAUCUCUGGAUCAAGUGAUACAUAGAGUCAGACUCAUACAAUAGAAGACCCAACAAACACACAUCAGCAAAAGACCAGUUGGGAAAUUCUGCAGCUUGAAGAAGGAUGAAGCAAAAGAUGGUGAUCAGGGUUCCCAUGAACGGUGAAAAGAAGUGCAGAUCCAAAGCCAUGCAGACUGCAGUUGGUGUACCAGGUGUUGAAUCAAUAGCUUUGGAAGGUGAAGAUAAAAACCAAAUUGUUGUCAUUGGCGACAGUGUUGAUUCAGUUAACUUGACAUGUUUAUUAAGGAAGAAAUUCGGGUCUGCUGAACUUCUAAGCGUCUCAGCGGUCAGUGAGAAGAAGCAGAAGGAGAAUAUGACUGAACCAGGGGUACUGCAGCCAAUGGUUUGGUCACCAUAUCAAGCUGGUGUGCCACAAUAUUAUUACAGUACUGUUGUUUGUGAAGAUAAAAACAACUAUGACACUUGCAGUAUCAUGUGAGACAUGAAAGAAAAUUACUCAGCAGUUCACUGUGAUAUGAAUCUCAUUUUUCAGUAAUGAUCUAUAUCAGAGUUACUGUAUUUUUUUUUCUUAUUAAUGUCAAGAUUAAGAAGAAUAAUGUUUGUAUCACUUCACUUGAAAGUGAUGCUUUCUUAUCUACCCAGAAACAAAGCCUGAAUCUUUACCGACCUUGUUCUCAGAACUGAAGAUCAUGUAUAGAAAUAAUUUAAUAGAUAACAGCAUUGAGUUUCCAUGUUA